CAUUACGUCGUUACACCCUCGUCCAGAAUCGGGAUUGGCACGCCAUUGUAACAAGUAGUUACUUUUACAUCAGCGAGUGGUCAUUCAGAGUCAGACUUCAAACUCACCUAUCCAGAUUGUAACAGUGGUAUAUCAACCUGUCCCAUAAUGGCUUCAGAGUCUUGGGCGCAGGCCGUGGAUGAGCAGGAAGCCGCGGCAGAAUCGAUUAGUAGUCUUCAGAUAAAGGAGAAACCAGAAGAAAAUGGUACCGUUUCAAAUGCCACAGACUCCAGCAGUGGGGCUGCAAAAUCAGAAGGCGAAGGUGACGCCAAACCUGCAGACGACGACGACAAGGAGGACAAAGCGGCACAAUCGCUGUUGAACAAGCUGAUACGGAAUAACCUCGUAAAUACGACAAAUCAAGUGGAAGUUCUCCAGAAGGAUCCAAACUCCCCGCUAUACUCUGUGAAGUCCUUUGAAGAACUACGCCUCAAACCACAGCUUCUUCAGGGUGUAUAUGCCAUGGGGUUCAAUCGACCAUCUAAAAUCCAAGAGACCGCCUUACCCAUGAUGCUGGCAGAGCCUCCACAGAACCUGAUUGCUCAGUCUCAGUCAGGGACAGGAAAAACGGCCGCCUUUGUCCUGGCAAUGCUCAGCCACGUCGACCCCAACAACAAAUAUCCCCAGUGCUUGUGCGUGUCGCCGACGUACGAACUGGCACUUCAGACCGGCAAAGUUAUCGAGCAGAUGGGCAAAUAUUAUCCCGAAGUCAAACUAGUCUACGCCAUUAGAGGGAACAAGUUGGAGCGAGGCAGCAAACUGCAGGAACAGAUAGUUAUUGGGACACCUGGUACGAUGCUGGACUGGUGCAAUAAAUUCCGGUUUAUAGAUCCCAAGAAGAUCAGAGUGUUUGUGUUGGACGAAGCUGACGUUAUGAUCGCCACGCAGGGACACCAGGACCAGAGCAUCCGAAUCCAGAGGACGCUGCCGAAGAACUGCCAGAUGUUGCUGUUCUCAGCCACGUUUGAAGAGAGCGUUUGGAGCUUCGCGCAGCGCAUCGUGCCCGAACCCAACAUCAUCAAGCUGAAGAGAGAGGAGGAGACUCUGGACACCAUCAAGCAGUACUUUGUGCUCUGCAACAGCAGAGAGGAGAAGUUCCAAGCUCUCUGUAACAUCUACGGAGCCAUUACCAUCGCUCAGGCCAUGAUCUUCUGCCAUACGAGGAAAACUGCAGGUUGGCUUGCAGGGGAGCUGUCCAGAGAAGGCCACCAGGUGGCGCUGCUCAGUGGAGAAAUGCAAGUAGAGCAGAGAGCUGCCGUCAUAGACCGCUUCCGAGAUGGAAAGGAGAAAGUCCUGGUGACCACAAAUGUCUGUGCUCGAGGCAUCGACGUGGAGCAGGUUUCUGUGGUGAUCAAUUUCGACUUGCCAGUCGACAAAGAUGGUAACCCUGACAACGAGACGUACCUGCACAGGAUUGGGCGUACCGGCCGAUUUGGGAAGAGGGGACUGGCCAUCAACAUGGUGGACAGCAAGAUGAGCAUGAACAUCCUUAACAGGAUCCAGGAGCAUUUCAAUAAGAAAAUUGAAAGACUAGAUACAGAUGAUCUGGAUGAAAUUGAGAAAAUUGCCAACUAAGCAGAGAAAGCGUCCCCACCCCCUCCUUACUCUCCAAGGACUCUACGCUUCUAUGAUGUUUUAAGCUUUUAUUUUUUAUUUUAGCUGUCAGAGAAAAGAGCAGAACCACACCAACAGAUCAUAUGUUUACAUGUGGACAUGUCUCCUUUCAGACAAGUUUUUUUUUUUGUAAGUCUCUGGAACAUACCCCAUUUCACUCUUUGUACACAUUUUUUUCAAAAAAAAAAAAAAGAAAAAAAAAAAAGAAUAAAGUCUGUAACUUCAGUGCUGUGUAUGGAUUUUAAUGCUCUAAACAUGAUCAAGUUAUUUAUUUGAAAACUUGUGAAAUUUAGGAACUUUUUAGCGAUUUAUAGGAAUAUUCACAAGUUCCAAAUUAAAAAAAAAAAAAAGCAUUUAAAAGUGCCACAAAUGUUUUAAUGUAAAGGAACUGUAGCAGAUGGUCGGUACAAAGGGUGAAGUUGGGUAUGCUGCUCCAAGUAGUAGUUUGUUCAAAUCAUUUUGUUUAUGAGAUGGUGAGGGUUAGGAUCUAAGGGUCUAUGCAAACUUAUCAGCCUGAUAGAUAUUAUCAAAUGCUAUCAAUAUAUAUUCUCAUAACACAAAUUAAUCCUGAAAUAACCUCUUCUCUAGCAUCAGGGUGUAGUCGGAUGCCAAAUCGGCUGCGUAGAAUGAUACUAACUCAUAGGCAUAAAGGUGCGUCUUUGCUUAGCCACUAGUCAUUCGUCAGCCAUCAACACACACACACCAUUUGUGUCACUUUUGAAAGCCGGAACGGCCACUAUCUGAACAGUCCAGGCAGCCAUUCAUCACAAGUCAUCUGUUUCUUCAUCAGACUCAUAAAAUCUCAUUUUAAGUCCCAAAACGUGACCUGCAAAGUCCGGUGUGAGUCGUUUUUCUUUCACGUCAUCGCUGUCCCAUCCAACCAGUUCUAAUCAGGGUCUCCAGCUCAGACCUCGGCGCAGUUCCCAUUCUUCACCCAGCCUGUGCCGUCAAAAGGAUUGUGAGUUACAAAACAAAUACGCAAUGCCUUCCUCAAGUGCAUUAUAUAUACGCAUAGGAUUUUGAUAUCGCUAUUUUAAGACAUUGGGCUUAAAUAUUCUGGCUAACACUUGAAAUUUUGAUAUACGUACUGAAUAAUGGGGAGCCUUUAAUUAUGGGUGCAUGAACUGCAUUAUCUUUUUGAAACCAAAUGCUGAAUUGAACUUGAGGACCUAUGCUAACAAUCAGACUCGCUGUGUUGCUUCAACAUGGUUGCGUGCAUAGAAAACGUGUACUUGUGUACAUAUUUAAGAAAAUGUAUAAGAACAAAAAUGGGUGAAGUAUUUAGGUUCGUCACUUCUAAGAAGUGCAAUAAAACAUUCCCGAUGAGGUUUAAUUUUCCUAGAAGACAAUGAAUCUACAGGACCUUGCAAAAACUAUUCACGCCCCUGUCAACGCUUUCAUUAAAACUACAAACUUUAAUGUCAUUUAUUUGAGCAGUAUGUGAUGGGCUAUAACUGAACAGGAAGCAACGAGGUGUGCCUUUCUAAUUUCUACAAUAUGUUUGUGUUCAUCCCCUCUGAUUCAACACUUUGUAGAAACCCUUUCACUGCAGACGCCAGUCUUUUUUUUGAUUAAUGUUUGAAAGCUUAAUUUAUAUUUUUUCCCCCAGCUCAGUCAGAUUUGGUGAAAAGUGUCUGUGACAUCAGUUUUCAAGCUUUGGCACACAUUUUUCAGCCUCUCAUACGUUUUCUUGCAUUUAAUUCCUUCUGUUAAUUCUGACCAGCUUUCUUGUGGUGAACUUGGAACGGGACUUCUUUAGGAUUUCUUUUUGUCGCUCUUUGUCGUUUUUGAGAGCCACAGACUCACUAUUUAACACUCAGGCGACGUCUGCAGUCCACACGGGGGGUUGAAUACGUAUGCAGGCUACACUUUGCAGAGUUUCUUUCUUUGAAAGGUUUUCGAAAACCAGGCACCAUGAACCCUCGUCCUUCCACCUUUCAAAUUUACGCUAGUUUAUGUCGGUCUGUCACCCAAAAGAAAGCAUUGGUGUUUGUCGUUGCAAUGAGACAUGGGAUAUGAAUCACUUUGCAAGGCACUGUAAAUCAGUGUACCUUUGUAUCAGUUUGGGGAAUGUUGAAAACAAACCAAAAAAAGAAAAAAUAAAGUGUAACGUUAACACUGGAGCCUCAGAGCCAGUUGCCAGUCAGUGUGAACCUGCAACAAGCCUCAAUCAGCAGCACAGAGAAGGUAACUGGUGGUAGUCUGGUUUUAAUGGACUGUUAAUGGACCUCAAAACUAGCUGAACAGAUGCAGACAAAUUAGGAGAAGCUAGGAAACGACUGGCAUGAGAAUACUCAACACUUUGUAGGUAAAAAAAUAAAUAAAAGUGAUGAAUGCAGUUUUAUUAGGACAACCGGAUGUAUACUUUGAGUGCGUUUGUGUGUGUACUUUGUUGACCCGUAGUGUAAUGCCUCUGUGUGAGAGCCAUGGACACAGCAGCUUUUGCUAAAGGACACCACCCCCACCCCCACCCGACCUCCCCACUUGUAGUACACCAUGUUUUGAUAAUGUUAUGAACCCAGUUCAUAAAUGUGUACAUUAGCUAAACAGGCAUUCAGCAAGUUGUGUCCGUAGUAGCCAACGAUAGGUUCAAGGUGUGUGGUGUUGUGUAAGCGGAGCUGUGUUCAUGGACACAGUUAUGUAUCCUUACAUGUUGAAUUAAAUGAACAUAUAGAGGUUCA